CAGGGUGAGCGAAGGAUAUGCUAGUCUGGUAUCCGGAAAUAGUGUAGACUUAUUUAAAGUGGAUACUUAAAUUUUAUAUUUAUUAAUAUAAUGUUUUAAGUAAAAAUUAAUUCAUUAAUUUAGUAUCUGUCGGUGAUAAAAGUUUUUAAGUGAAUUUUGAUUCUAUCCUAAGGAAUUUGGGUAUAUUGACGGACAGUACAGUGUACAGAUCAAAUAUGGACGGCUCACCUGGACCAGUCAGUACGUCACAGAACAACGACACAACGGAGAGGCUCAAAUGUGAGAACUUGGACAGCUGCAGAUGCGACCAGGAGAGGACUCAUGAAGUGAAGAUCAAAAGCAAAAGAUUCGGCAGGGGCGCGGUGGAAUCAGGUUUAACACACGAAUGCGGAGUAUUCGGAGCUAUAGCCACGGGAGACUGGCCUACUCAGGUGGAUGUUGCCCAAGUCAUAUGUCUGGGGUUGGUGGCGCUACAGCACAGGGGACAGGAGUCAGCGGGUAUAGUGACAUCAGAGGGCAAAAGCGCGCGCACCUUCAACACUCACAAGGGAAUGGGCCUCAUAAACAAUAUAUUCAACGAUGAAGCCAUGAAGAAACUCAAAGGAAACCUAGGCAUUGGACACACCAGGUAUUCAACAUCGGCGGCGUCGGAGGAAGUGAACUGUCAGCCGUUCGUGGUGCACACGGCGCACGGCGCGCUCGCCGUGGCGCACAACGGCGAGCUCGUCAACUGCAGCAGCCUGAGAAAAAUGGUGUUAGGUCGCGGUGUGGGUUUGUCCACGCAUUCAGAUUCAGAGCUGAUCACUCAGGCGCUGUGUCUGAAUCCGCCGGAGAGCGAAACUAACGGCCCUGAUUGGCCUGCUAGGAUCAACAAUCUUAUGAGGCUGGCCCCCCUGAGUUAUUCGUUGGUGAUAAUGUUGAAGGACAAAAUCUACGCGGUACGGGAUCCCUAUGGCAACCGGCCGCUCUGCCUCGGCAAAAUUCUGCCACUAGGAUCUUCCUAUGUCUACAAACAACAUUCGGCACAGCAUGCAGCGGUUUUGAUGAACGGCUGCGCGAAGAACGGCAUUGAAGAGAAAGCCGAAGGGUGGGUCGUGUCUUCAGAGUCAUGUGGAUUCUUGUCUAUCGGCGCCCGCUACGUCCGCGAAGUUUUGCCCGGGGAAAUAGUGGAGAUGUCCCGCCACGGAAUCAGAACAAUCACUGUGGUGGACAGACCCGCGGACAAACAGCAGGCCUUCUGCAUAUUCGAGUAUGUCUACUUCGCCAGAGCGGAUAGCAUGUUUGAAGGUCAAAUGGUGUACUCCGCGCGCAUGCAGUGCGGCCGCAUGCUGGCGCGCGAGUCGCCCGUGGACGCCGACAUCGUGUCGUCCGUGCCCGAGUCGGGCACCGCCGCCGCGCACGGCUACGCCAGGCAGUCCGGCAUCCCAUUCAUGGAGGUUCUAUGUAAGAAUCGCUACGUCGGCCGCACAUUCAUCCAGCCUUCAACUAGACUCCGACAGCUGGGUGUCGCGAAGAAAUUCGGCGCUUUGUCCGAAAACGUCCGGGGGAAGAGGAUAGUUCUCAUUGACGACAGCAUCGUGAGGGGGAACACGAUCGGACCAAUCAUAAAGCUGCUGAGGGACGCCGGCGCCAAUGAGGUCCACAUCAGAAUAGCGUCUCCGCCGCUCAAAUAUCCGUGCUAUAUGGGCAUCAACAUUCCCACGCGGGAAGAACUCAUCGCCAACAAGAUGGACUCGUUCAAGCUCGCCGAGCAUGUUGGCGCUGACAGCCUCGAAUACCUCAGCGUGGAAGGUCUGGUGAGCGCCAUCCACUACAACAUGAAGAUAACGCCGAGCGAGGGGCUCGGGGGGCACUGCACCGCCUGCCUCACCGGGGAAUACCCGGGGGGAGUCCCCGAGGAUAUCGACUGGUGAUUCACAUCAUAUGUAGCCGGGGUCGAGUUCUUUGUCCGUACCGUACCUCUGUACGCUGAGCGGGCCUGUGAUUCGUAUCAAAACUGUCGGCUCUGUCUACACUGCUAGGGGUAUAGACGUGAUUAUAUGUGUAUGUAACUCCGUAUCGUAUUUGCGCGAUCAAAGAAAGUUACUUUAUAAUGGAGAUAGGUACGCUCUUAUUAAUCACGAGUCUGUUAUGAAGAUAAUGGGUUUUUUUUUAAAACGAGUCAGAGUUUUGCGACGCUUACACGAAACAGAGGUUACGGUACGGAAAAAGAAACAUGUUCAGACUCAGCUGUAUUUAAGACCACAUAGGCUGGUGAUCGAAUAAUGGACAUUAAUCGAUGUUAUCUUCUGAAAAUAGUUUGUAGCUUAAGCUUUUAUUUUAUCAUUUUCCAAAAUAUUUAAUGUUUGUACGGGUCUGAACUCUCCUAUGUUAAUAGGACGUGUACAUGUAUGUAUAUAACAUUGGUUUUGCUAUGUCAAAUGUUUAUACAUUACACCUAAGACCAUCUUGAGGCUGAAUGUUAUAGAUUAUAUAAUAACAUUUUUGUAAAAAAAAUCACCCCGGACCCAAGGAAAUGAAUUUAUUGAGCUAUAAUAUUUAUUUUAUAAUGUUUCAUUUUUUAUAUUUACAAAUUAAUCAACACAUAGACUGAAUAAAUAAAGUACACACAGACAAUCUAAGUACAACACUUUAGUUAUUAUAUUUUAUUCAUUGUUCGUGCUGUUUGGUAAUUGGCAUUUUAAAAUUCAUUUAAGUUUAGAAGUUAAUCACUGCGGGCGGUAACGUGAAUAAAAAGAAAACUUUUCGUUUGUUUAAAAUUUUACUUUGAGAUUGUACCUAUAUUGAUGCAUUUCUAAUUAUGUCCUAAUACUUUUAUUAAAGGACAAAAUAAGUAGCAGUGAUCUUUAAGUGAAAAAUUUUCUCUUACAAUAAUAAUAAAAAUUAUUUUAAUAUUAUAUCUUAGAUUAGAAAAAAACUAUUGAAAAAAAGAUAUGUACCUUUAAUUUUUUUUAUACAAUCAACAUAUGUCUUCCUUAAAACAUUCCUCAAUUUGUAAAAUGUGUUUUUAAACUAUAUAUUUUUGUAAUGUAAGUAAAAUACCCAAGUGCCUUUUUAUAUUUUAAAAUUUCCUACGUCCUUGUUUCUCAAUCCUAAUUUUAUAUUUAUAGUCACAAUAAAAACUUUUUUUAUAAUGUGCACGAGCUAAAGCCUUAUCUUAAAAAGUGGUGGAAAUUAAAUGUUCGUUUUUUUUUCAUUUAAUACCUAUUGCGAAUGCCCUUCAAAGGAUUGAGAAACAAUGAAGUAGAAGAGUCGUGCUGGUUUCGACUUCCGUAUAUGGAGUACAAAAGUCUAUACAUAUUUAAACAUUACCAAAAAUUAUGUAUUGAUGGACCUUUGCACUUAACCUACCUACGGUGAUUCAAUUUUAGUGUUAAGAUUUUUUUUAAGAGUAAGCAUAUUAUAUUGUUGUAAAUUGGGCUAAGAUUUAACUCAUUUUUAAUUAAUUUUAUCAUUCCUUUUAAUUGUACAAGUGUUUCAACAUUAUAGGGUAAACCGUAUAGCUAUUGCCCACUUAAGGACUUCGAACACUUUGGCUUCAAAUAAUAAAAAAAGUAUUACAAGUUUCAACCAUUUAUAAUUUUUUUCUUAUGUCUAAAUAAGAUCUCCAUCAAAGUGUUAACGAUUUUUAGUCAAAACUUACAUGGCUUAGAAAAUAAUUAAACAAAUUUAAAAUUAUCCAAAAAUGUACAGUUAUUGCCCAUUGCUUACACUAAUUGCCCACAUCACAGCACAGUAAUUGCCCAGUACCCUUAAUUGAUAAAUUAGACUUUGAACUUUUGUUACUCCUUCUGAUGUUCUUCAAAAAUGCCUUCCACCAACCAUCACCUAGCCUAUUUUAAAAAAACGAAUUUGGGCGCGGGUUUUCUUCCAAAAACUUUUGCACGGAGUCUAAAAUGUCUUCUUUAUUUUGAGGAAAUCCUUUUCUAGCCGAUAUUAUUAUCCAAUCCUCCAAACUACUUUCUUCAGAUACAGUUAAUAUAGGUGACUAGCUGUGCCCGCAACUUCGUCCGCGUGGAAUAAUUAUUUUGGGCAUUAUUGAAGCCCUCAAGGAUGGAUAAUAUCCCCGAUUUUUUUCACAUUUUCUUUUAUUUCUUUGCUUCUUAUAGUUUCAGCGUGAUGUUAUAUAGCCUAAAACGUUCCUCGAUAAAUGGUCUAUUCAGCGCAAAAAGAAUUUUUCAAUUCAAACCAGUAGUUCCUAAGAUUAGCGCGUUCAAACAAACAAACAAACUCUUCAGCUUUAUUAUAUUAUAGUAUAGAUGGUCCUAAACUGGUUUUAUGUCCCGGAUUUUUAAUAUAGAAGCGGAGACUGAACACAGUAUUUUUCAGCAAUUUGCCUUGUAGAAAAAUUGUUAGAAGUAUCUUGAACAGCCUCGAUAGCUUUCUGUAAAUAUUCUUUGCUAUAUUGCACUUGUGGUGUCUUUGGCAUAGUGUGAAUAAAAUAAUAACAGCCAAUAAGAUGUUGUGCAUAGCGAUUGGAUACCCGCGAUUAUGUGAACAAUAUUUGCUACAUUGUCAAUAUUAUUGCGUGUGUGUGGCAAAAAUACAGCGUGACAUUUAAAACAACUGCAUCCUUUUAAACAUAGACUAUACCCAUGCUUCUGAGCCGUUUGAGCCUUUUUUUAUUUAAAUUAAAUGUCAUCAUUUUCACAUUUAAAAAACCCUCAAAAACUACGUCACACGUUUUAUUAAAGACCAACACUACAAAAAGAAAUUAAAACUAAACAAUAAUAAGUAAAUAAAUGUCUGAAAAAUAAAUUAUUUUUCUAGUAUCAAGAUCAAGUAAAGUACAGAGUUGUCGAGAUCGCUCAGCUGAAUGAAUUGUGUUGUUGACCUCUGAAUCUUACGCGUCGCUUUUCCGCCGGCCGGGAUGAUAUGACGUAUUUAGGAUCGAGGAUUUUUUUCGUACUUUCUGAAAUAUGAACCGAUAUUUUUCUUUUAACGUUUUUAAAUACUUAACAGUUAAAUUUAUACAGUUGAAUUAAAAGUCACCCUGUAUAGACAAUAUUAACAUAGUGCAAAAAAAAUUAUGAAAAUAUUAUUGUCACAAUAUUAUUGCGCGUGCGCAAGCCAUUAAGCUAAUAAAUGUGACGGCAACAUUACUGACUUAAUCAAAAAGUUGUCGAUAAUGAUUGCCCUGGGCAAUAACUAUACAUAUAAACCAUGGCAAUCACUAAAAUUAUGGUGGGCAAUAACUAAAAAUAUGCCGAAAUACGUACAGCGAUUGCCCACCAUUAAAAAACCGUUCAAUCUAAUCUGAUUGCAAAUAUUUUCAUUAAAAACAUAACAUAACACUUAUGCUUUUGUCAUAACCAUACACCAAUAAUGAAAUAUCAAAUAAAAUGCAAAAAAAAAUUAACCUCUAAGCAAGUAAUUCCUUAAAAAAAUUGCUAAAAAGCUUACCUGUUUGAGUAACACGUUCACCCGUCUUGACAAAAUAUACCAUUAAUGUUUUUUUUUCUUCAGUGUUAACACUUAUCAAUUUUAAAAUCUACUAUAAAUUGACCAUAGAGUAACCUAGUAAAUUAUAUACGAAACAAGUGAGAACACAACCUUUGAUUCAGAUUUUUUUUCUAAAAACGGGCAAUCACUGCCUGUGGGCAAUCACUCUCUGGUUUACCCUAGUUGUUAUAAUUUACAAUAAAAAAAUGCGUUUUCUCGAAAACCAAAAUUUUCUCGAAUAUUUUGCCAUCUACGUAUAUUGUAGAACACUUACACUAAUUGUAAUAAUAUCACUCGAAUGAUUGUGGAUGUGCUUCAAAUAUCGAUCUGUUUAAUUAAGAUAUAUUAUGAUCUGUGGAUCCAUGACUUCGAUUUUAAUAAUAAUUGUUGCAUUGAGCUGAACUAUAUUUUUGUACUCGGCAUAUGCCAAUUACUUCGUAAUAAAAUUGUUAAUUUAUAAAUCUGUGUCUUACUUUUUAGUUUUAUAAUAUUAGCCUUUUAACCGUCACACUUAAUAUUAUUUGUCGUGCCCCCAGCGCCAGGCACAUUAAAACGACAAAUAAAUACCUACAACGACUAGAGAUGUUCAGUAGUACCUACCUAUAGGUAUCGAUAUUUCAUUCGAAAGGGACAUGCGUCUCUUUCGAACACUUACUAUUUUAGGUAAAUAUCGUAACAGAUAGAUAGAUAGCGUUACUUUGUAAUUUUAUUUCCAAUAUUGGUAGGUACCUUGUUAACACAAUGAAACAAAAGCAUAUAAAAAAAAUAUUGUUUUGAAAAGAAUUACGUAUAAACUC